AUGGAGAGCAGCGAGGCUGAGAUCAGAGAGGAGAAGUGGCAUUAUAUGCUUGGAAGACGUUCUUUGUCACUCCCUCAGCUUCCGUUAGACCCAGAAAUUGAAAGAACUCUCAGAAACUUGAAGAAAGAAAAGAUGGCAGAUGAUUUACCAAUUGUAGAAGCAGUUAGCUGUUUAAACGAUCACUACGAACCAGGUGCAUAUAACUCUUCAUCUGCAGUUCGAUAUCCUCAAGUGAGGGCCCCUCACUACGAAAUUAAGGCCAGUACUCUUCAGUUACUGCCUUCUUUUUAUGGCCUAUCAAAAGAGGAUCCGUACUGGCACUUGGAUGACUUUGCAAAAGACAAGGCGAAUGACUGGUUUAAUUCAUUGCCAGCCAACACCAUCACUACAUGGGCUGAAUUGCAACAAAAGUUUUUAAACAAGUACUUUCCCAUGGUGAGAACUACUCAAUAUCGAGAUGCUAUUACUCGUUUUGCUCAAGGGCCUGGCGAGCCUUUUCAUAAGGCUUGGGAAAGAUUCAGAGAUCUCCUUCAGAAGUGUCCUCAUCAUGACAUGCCAAAAUGGCAGCUUGUCAACUUCUUUCAUAAGGGGCUUAAUGAGGCACAAAGAUAUAUGGUGGAUACCUCUUGUGGUGGAAGUUUUAUGUUGAAGAGUGUAGAGGAAGCAUGGAAGCUUUUUGAAAAUAUAUCUGAUAAUUCAACACAACAUGUCUUACCUCCAGUAACAAGACCUCCUACCAUACUGAGGAGAGCAGAAGGUGUGAAUGAAGUAGGGAUAAAUCAAGGGCUAGUGAGCCAAAUUGAGGCAUUAACCAAGAAGGUUGAUCAAUUGAUGACUUCACAGUCAAAUUUUAUUCCUCCUGCGACUAAUGUUCAAGGCUUUGAAGUGUGUUCUUUCUGUUCCAGUCCAACUCACCAUGUGUCCAUUUGUCCAAGUGCAUCUCAAUAUUCAAAAAUUCCACAAGAGCAAGUUAAUGCUAUAUAUGGAAGGCCCGGAGGGAAUAAUAUGUAUUCAAACACUUACAAUCCGGCUUGGAGAAACCAUCCUAACUUCUCAUGGAGAAAUCCAGCCACAGGGACAUCAGUUCCUCCACCUCAAGUACCUCAAUUGCAAGGCAAUUUUCAAUCUCCAGUUCAGACUUCAAAUCCUCAAGGAUUCACUCCUAUGAAUGCCUUCAGUCAACCUCAACAAUUCUUAUAA